AUGUUUUACACUGAAGUGUGUGAAUUACAUGAGGCCAAUAAUAUCACAAAAGGCGGAAAGUACGCAAUUCCUGAAUUUCGUGUUGAAUUGGUUGUUCCUUGCCAUAAUUCAGGGAAAUGGGCACUCAUCGGCGACACUGAGUGGGACAACUCAACGUUGGUAAGAGAAGCGCGACGCUUCUUGGCGAUACCGAAGACGGAAUUUGUCUUUUCCUAUGACACACUAUUGCGAAAAGCUGUUGAACAACUGGAUGUCGCCUUGGAAGAGGUUGCUAAGCGAGAAAUUCCUAUGGCGAUGGGUUCCUCCAACGGAAUCAAAGCUGGCAAAUGUACUGGUAUACUAUCAGAUGACAGACUUUGGUUGUCGUACCAAGGACGGAUCACCCAACAGUGUAAGGGAAAAGACAUUGACCGAAAGCAUGUAGUCGCAGAACUACCGCCACCCAAAAUGCCCAAAGAACACUGUAACAUAUAUGGCCCAGCGCAGAGGGUUGAGAUUAAUCAUCUCGAUCAUGCUCCUCCAGCUUCUCCUCAAAUUUCUCUGGACUCUCGAUCAUUUCAUGACUGCCAAAUAGUCGCGACGAAAAGCAAGCUGCCGCUGCCCAAAUUAUCAUGCAGCGCCCACCUAAGCCUUUUAGGAAUGCAAACACUAACCAGUCUAAUGAAGAGCCAGUAG